CGACCAAUCAGCUUCCGUCUUGCCAUUCACUUCAUUCCGAAUAUGUCUUCUGCAUGUGUUCGAUAGUCAGCGAAAUUUUUCGUGAGCAGUGGCAGGUGAUUGGUUAAGAAAUAAGAAUACAUAAAUCGACGGUCGACACAGAGUGACCUCCCCCUUACGAAACUUCCGGUGACUACUUUCUGUGAGCUCUGAGCUGUGAUCUUUACCAAAAUGUUUUUCCAACUUUGUUAUCGUUUGUUUUGUUUUCUCACCAACAACAUUCGGCUCAUUUUCAAACUGUACAUGCGGAGAAUGACAGGAAAGAGUGAGCUUCAGAGGAUUCUUGACAAGAGCCAACCUGGCGCCAGGACCACACGGAAAUUUGAAAAUUCCUUGCGACGAUCUCGUAACAAAAAUCUUCGAUCUUUGAUUUCUCAUGAUUCCGACAUUGGCUCCAGUGUUAUUACGGUGCUGCAUGCGAAACACCUACCAAACGAGCUCUGUGCUGAGUUAACUCUGAGAAUGUCCCAGAUUAUUGGUUACAAUCAUCUCAUCAAUACGGUUGAAGUCAUCCGACGUCAGCAACACACGGACAAACUGUCAGACUACGAAAGCUAUUUGUAUCAGAUCUGGAACAUCUUGCAGCCAGAUGUCCAUCUUACUGGUCUCAAGAGUAAGCAAUGGGUCGACAUUGGUUUCCAAGGCAACCAACCCUGUACAGAUCUCAGAGGUAUGGGUAUGCUGGGCCUCACACAACUCUGGUAUUUUGUUGUAAAUUAUCCCAAUGAAGCACGGCAGGUGUAUUCUCAUUCGCUUCAUCCUGGAUGUGGGUGA